AUGAAAUAGAAUCAAUUUACUUUUCUUGAACACCCUCCUUCUAGCGAGAAUGACUACUAUGUAAGAUGCCGCCUCUAAAAUAUCACAAAUAAGCAAGUGUUGUCAACUACUGCUACAAUUAUCUAUGAUAAAGUUAAGUUGGCUUUAAAUGAAAUUUUACCUGAUCAUCAAAUAUAUGUACACCUAUUAAAAAUUUAGAUCUAAUAAGUAGAAUUUAAAUUUGAAGAGAACAUCCAAAAUAAUGCAUAAAUUUAAGGAGAUGCAAAUUACAAUAAUUAUACAUAGGUGUCUUUUUUGGAAACAUUACUUAACGACUAUAUAGAUAAGACAAGCGAUUCGAUAAUCAAAUAAUCAGAAAUUAACUAUGCCUUUAUAAGUCCGGAUUCUUAAACUGAUUUAGAGUACAAUAUUUGCUAUGGUAAUGAAAUUGAUACGAGAGAACUGGAUAAUUUAAUUUAAACACUUUCUCGAUUAAUAACUUGUCAAUCUGUUCAAGAGUUUAAUAGUAUAGCAAUUUAUCAAAAAGAAGCAGAUUAGAAAUAAAAUAAUUCAGUAUUAAUAACUUUUAAAUUAACAAAAGAAUGCUUUAUGAAUCUUAAAUUUUAUUCCUUCAACAUAUAACCUGAUUCGCAGCCAGUUACAAUCAAUUUUCAAUAAGCAGAAAUUCUGACUGAGCAUUAAGAACAUUCAGAUUUCAUUCCAAUUCUGAAUGAACAUUAAGAACAUCAAGAAUUCAUUUCUGAGUCACAAUAUGAAUUUAAUAGGUGCAUCAAAGUGACAGAUCUAAACUUCCUUUACAUUACUGCAGAGGAUCUAAUUCAAAUGAAAUUAGAUAUCCCCAAAACAAAACCAAUAUAAUUAUAUCUUUCUCCUUAUUUUUAGUAUUAAGAUUUAGGUAAAUUAUAAUUAGAGACUUAUUUAAUUUAUAAUAAUAAGCAAACAUAACAGGAAGAAAGCAUAAUCAUAAUUAUCAAUAUAGUAGCGAAACUUAAAUUGAAAAUAGAAAUUUAGUUGAAUAAUUGUGAAUAUUGUCAUAUUGUCAAUAAUGCUUAUCAAACUCAUUUGUAUUUCAAAUUAAAUCAUCCACCAAUUUGUAGUGCUGCUUUAUUUGAUAAAACUAAAAUUGAUUUUCUUGAUACUUAGACUUAAUGGACAAGAAUUGAAAACAUCUAUUUGAAUACUUAUUUUCAAAAGUAUCAAAAUAUAUUAGAAAAGUUUGUAAUCUUGAAUAACACAAUUAUCGAAAUUUAGUUUAAUAAUUAUAAAUCAUGUAAUGAAGUAAGGCUACUUAAUUAAUUAUAAUUAAGACUAAAAUAGAAGAUGAUACUUUAUGAUAGCAAAAUUUAGCUCAAUAUUUUUAAAUAAACAGAAAGAAAUUCCAAAUUUGAUACUUUAUAAUAACAACUAGAUAAGAGUAAUCUUAGUUUUGAAUAAAAAUAUAAUUUCAUUUGCAUUCUCUCAUAAAAUCGUAUUAUAGAUUGUCAUCAUUUGAAAACAUUGUUAAUUUUAAUGUGCAAGUAAUAAUAAAAUUCGGAUUACAUUCUUGAUUCUGUUUUCCAAUCAUUUAUGAGAUUGAGUUAAAAUUUGUCAAGUUCAAUUCGAAUUUCUGAUCAAAAUAAUAGGAAUCUCUUUAUUUUUCAAAAAGAACUUAAAGAACUUAGCUGCUAGGUACAAUAAAAUGCAUGCCUCUAGAGACCUAUUCUAUUAAAACAAGCUAGAUUGACUCCAUCAGGCUACAUCCCUAUGAUAAGUAAACCAGAAAAACCCAAAUUACUAACUACAGUAUUUCAAAAUCAAAAUUUUGUCAAAUUAAGCCUAAGAGAUGACAAUGGAAAAUUGAUUAAGAAAAAUAGAUCGAAUUUUGGAGAAUUCUUUAAACUCCAAUUAACUGAGGGUUUUACUAUUUGUUCUGAAUAGUGGAAAUUUUUAGGGUGGAACAAUAAAGAAUUGAGAUCAAAUAUCAUAUGGAUGAAUAAAGUCUCAAAUAAGGAAUUAGAUAACUAUAUUUUGGCCAAUUUCAAAUAGAAUUCGACUUUAUAAUAGAAGGCAGAAGUCAAAUCUAGGUUUCGGAAUUUCUUUAUUGAUGGCCUAACAACAGAAUUCAAAUAACUUAUUAUCGUUGUUAUAAGAAAUUAAAUCAAUGAGAAUAAUUUUAGUCAGUUUGGCUAGAUAUCCAGAAAUUUGAUAGACAAAAUAAGGGAGAUAUUCAUGAAUUAGGAGAUUUCAGUUGUUAAGGUUGUAUUUAAUGGGGUUUAAUAUAUUUUGUAAUUGAAUAACAAUUUAAAAGAUAACAUUAUCUAAUUAAAUUCGCAAUACAAGAUAUUUUCAAGUUUUAAUGAUUAAAUCACAAUAAUAGAUUAUAAUAAGUAUAGAGGAGCAUUUUUGAAUAGAGGAUUAAUUAGACUUUUUUAUUAGAUGGGUGUUAAGGAAGAUGUCUUUAUUUAAUUACUGAAUUGGCAUUUAGGAUAAAUUUCAAAGGCAUUUAUCGUACGAAGUGUUUCUUUGGACUUAAAAAGUGAACUAUGUGGACUAAGCCCAAUAAUAGAAUAAAUCAAUGUGAUGAAGAGAAACUAUUUGAAUGAAAAAAAUUGCUUGUUUAUUUAAAAAGUGUAUGAGAAGUUGAAAUUAUUAGAGAUACAAUAAUUAAAAUAAAAGUAUAAUAUUUUAGUCGAAAAGGCAGAGAGACUGUUCGGAGUGGUUGAUUAAUAUGGAAUUUUAAAUGAGGGAGAAGUGAUAUGUAUAAGAAAGCCGAAUGAUCAAGUCUAAUAUUUGGAAGGGAAGUUGAUAGUUGUAGAGGAUUGUAAUUAGGAUAGACAAAAGACGUUAAACGUUAUUGGAUUAUCGAGAUUGGAGGUUAUAGGAAGACUUAAAAAUAAGACUGCAUAUGAUGAAUACAUAAAUUGUAUCAUAUUUUCAAAUAAAUAAUAAAACAGCACUCCAUUUUGCACCAAUACUUAUUUUGUAUCUUGGGAUAAGAGAUUGAUUUCAAAGAGAUAGAAAAUUAAUAAGACCAAAGGAUUGGAAGAAUUUGAAUUUUUGAAAUUUGAUUAGGGAGGGCUAACUGAUUAUUUGUGUGAUUUUUUGAAUUAUUAGUUCUCUUAAGAUGUAGAAUGUAAUCAUAUAGGAUUGCAGUAACAUGAAAAAUAAGAUCGCCAGGAUAUUUUUAAGAUAAUUGACUAAUAUAUGGUGGAUAAGCCGUAAUUAUAUUAGACUAAUCAAGUCAAUAUUGAUGAAAGAUUUAUCUAUCGUUUUUAUUGGAUUAAGGAAGAGAAUAAUUAUGAGCAAUAUGUUAGACAGUGUUUGGGGGAAAUGCAUAUUAUCAAGGCACUGAAAUGUUUAAAUCACAUUACAGACACAUUUAAUGCUUGGAUGAAAUUGUAUGACAUCAAGGAUGAGUAUGAAAUGUAUACGGGAUAUUACGAAAGUAAAAUGAAUGAAGAAAAUUAGGAGAGUUUUCAGGAAAUUAUGAUGCUUAAUUUAGGAUAGUUAAAAUUGGAGUUGUAUAACAUUCUAUCUUAGAUAGAACAAGAAAGACUGAUUUAGAUAUGGAUAAUCCAUUUCUUAGUGAUCUAUCUUCCUAAUGAAAAGACCUCAGAGAGUCAUUUGUUGGAGAGAAUUGUCAAAUGUGUAAAAAAUCAGGUUAAAAAUUUUGAUGAUUGUAAAUUUCUGUGUAGUCGAUUAACAAACAGGAGUUAGUAAUGGUUUAAAGGUUGCAGUUGGUAUUUCUUUAGAAGAGAGAUUAUAAAUUUUGAAUAAAUCUCAAAAAAUGAAUGA